CAGAAUAAGGUUGGGGGCCAAAACGGCGCGGUCGCUGCAGAACAAACAAGUCAUCACACACACAUAGGCAGGCCGAAACGCACACAGUCAGGCCAGAAGAAGAAAAAAAAGCAACGGCAUUGAAAACGCCAACUAAGUGAGCAACAGCGGCGCGCAGUAAUCGCGCACAUUGUGAGCAUUGUGAACGCGCAUAGAGUGAAGCGCUUAUGGCAUACCCGUAUGUAUGUAUGUAUGUAUGUAUGACGACGUCAGUAAAUGCCAACCACUAAGAGCAGUACCAACAGCAACUAAACCACGCAACCCUCUAAAUGUGAGCAACAACAGCUAAGCAUUUCAAAAAAGGAGCAACACAAGCACAGCAACAACAACAGCGAAGCAAGUAAGAGUGCGCUCACGCUCUUUGCUCACUCAGCCACACAAGUGUGCGUGAGAGAAAGAGAUUGUGCUUGCUGGGCAACAGCGCAAUUGGCUAUUUUACACAGCACGCUUUUAUUCGCAUUUUGAGGACGCUGCGCAGCUUUCGGGGACGAAAGAAGCUAACCAAAAGCGAAAAGUAUUUAAUAACUGAUUUAAUUCUUGAGGCAGAGAGAACAAUAAAAUGGCAAACAUGGAAGCUGUAGCAACAAAAAUAGCAACCAACAAAAAAGGGGGCAACAACAAAUCGCGUCGCAAUGAACGCAAUAUUUUGACCUUUUAUGAGAAAAUAGCCGUUAUACGCUAUUACGAUGAGACAAACAUCUCAAGGAACAGCCUGGCCAAAAUGUUCCAUUGCUGCGCCACACAAAUACGGCGCAUAUUGGAAAAGAAGCGCGAGCUAUUGCAACAGUUGGCUACCCUGAGUGAGGCUGAUGCUUCUAUUAUUAUUGAGGAGAUGACCCGCAAGCGUCGCAAAUUCGAGAUGAGCGCCAUCAGUUUUCUGUUGCACGAGUGGGUGGAACGGAGUCGCCAAUUGAAACUUAGCGGCAGUAUUCAGAAUCAGAAGCUGAAGGAGACGGCACUCAAGAUGGCAGCGGUGCUAAACUUGCCUUCCUUCAGACCAUCUUACCGCUGGCUCAACCGGUUUCGCGGUAAAUACAAAUACGAGGAUGAGGAGUUGGGCUUCAUUGGCCCUGGAGCUAUGCAUGGCACUCUGCCAGUGGAGCACAUAAUAUUGGAGUUUAAGAGCGGACUGCCCAAUUUUAUGCAAAAGGAAAUCGCCAAUUUGACUGGGGCGGAGAAUGUGGAGGAGAGCAUGAAGAAAUCCAGCACAGUGGAACUCGUCAAUUUGUCUAGCGAGAAUAGUGACUUUUCGGAUGGAGAUCAAAUGGCACAGGACAACAAUGAAGAUGAUGCAGAUGACGAUGAUGAUGUAGUGGAGAUAGUGACCUGCGAGCCGAGUAUGCUGGCCACACUCUCGCCAGCCAGCACGCCCAGCAACAAUAAUAAUAAUAAUGUUGCUACGCCACAAGAAGAACAGCAGGAUACAGCUAGUCUUAAUGGGCUGCUUAUGAAUGCGGGCACCUGCACGCUUCUUAAUAGCGUUUUCCCACACCUAGCAAUUAUACAUCAAUUUGCGCUUAUGAACUCCGAUAUUAAAGCUUUGGAGCUGAUCUCUCAGUUGGGCGUGCAUCUUCAGCAGCAGGCCACGUCCGGGGCGUACACUUCGUUGUCGCUGGCGACAACAGGUGACACAGGUGGAGAGCAGCAAGCGCUACCGGCUGGCAGUAUUUAUGCCGAUAUCGAUGAUAUCGAAUUGAUUGAGUAGUGGUUCAGUAAAAAAUGUAAUUUAAGGCUUUGCCAUAACUAUUUAUAAUAAA